CGAUGAUGACGACACCAUCUGGAAGCCAUGGCAACCGAGGAGUAGAGAGGUGUGUUUGUUUUGUUGCGCGCAGCUCGACUUUAGGGGGGAAUUUCUUCAUUUUGAGUCAUCUAACUUUGAUUGUAACAUUUAAAACGUCUCUCAGGGAAAUAUUCGAUGGAUGAAACGAGGAGGCCUUUGAGGAUUCCUCCUCAGAUGAGGAGUUAUGCAGAAAAGCAUGACUUGUCCCAGCUGGCUCAGGACUUGGUGUCCAACCUGCUAAUUGAUCAGCCGGAUGAUCCCAUCUCCUACCUAAUCAAUUUGCUGCAGGGGAGCAGCCUGGACAUCCCCAGAGUGAUGGUGAUCGGUCCUCCUGCUGUUGGCAAAUACACUCUGUGCAAAAGGCUAAGCACAGAGCUGCGGGCCGUCCACGUGACCACAGAGAGUUUGCUGCAGGGCCACUCAGAGGAUCUUCCCUCUGAGCUGCUGGUCCAGAUGGUUCAACAGAGACUCAAAAAGGUGGACUGCUUGACAAAGGGCUGGGUGCUGCAGGGAAUCCCUAAAACUCGUCUGCAGGCUCUGAGUCUGCAGCAGGCUGGAAUCCUCCCCAAACACCUCGUGAUGCUGGAGGCCCCUGACGACGUGCUGCAGGAGAGGAACCAAGGGCGGAUGGUUGACCCACAGACAAAAGACGUCUACCACCAGAUCUUCAUCUGGCCGAGCGACGACACCAUCGCCCAGCGUCUGCAGAAGGGGCGGAGCCUGACCAACAAGCAGCUGUCGGAGGAGCUGCAGCGUUACAGCUGUGAGGUCACAGGGCUCAGAUCGGCCUAUCAGCACGUCCUAAAGGUCAUCAGUGGUGACCAACCACACUCUGACGUUUACCAGCAAGCCCUGGGCUUUGUUCAAACUCGUCACCGCUCCAGACCGCACAGAAUCCUGCUGCUGGGUCCACCAGGGUCCGGGAAGAGCCUCCAGGCCCGGCAGCUGGCAGAGAAGCACAGCAUGGUGGACGUGAGCUGUGGGCGACUCUUGAGGUCUGUAGCUGCUGAUGGUUCAACUCUGGGAGAAGACAUCCAGCUGUACCUGGACGAUGGACUUCCAGUCCCAGACUCCGUGGUGCUGCAGGUUCUGGAGGAGCGUCUGAGCCAGGAAGACUGCAGCUCCAGAGGCUGGGUGCUGCAUGGCUUCCCUAAUAAUCUACUGCAGGCCAGGAGCCUGCAGGAAUCCCAUCAUGAGCCAAAUAGAGUUUUCUUCAUGGAGGCGACAGAUGAGGUUUGUCAGGAAAGAAUCACACUCAGAGCGACAGAUCCGGUCAGUGGGCAGAGGUUUCACGCCGUGUCCAAUCCGGCUCCGAGCGCAGAGUUCCACAGCAGACUGCAGACGAGACCUGAGGAUAGCAGGGAGGAGGUGAUGCGGAGACUGAAAGAGUACCGAGAGCUUAGCGAUGCCCUGAAGUCUGUUUAUCCAGAUGCAGCUCACGUUGACGCUGAUCCACAGCCCUGGACUGUGUUUGAGGCUCUGCUGAGCCGACUGACCACAAACUGACUCCUGCACUCACCAAAUCCACAUGCUGGACUCGCUGGUUCAGGAAGAUCCUGGAUGUUUCUCAUUGACUUUGAAAAAAAAUAAAACAUUUUUUCUUCUGUCUUGACAAAAGAUGAUGCAUCCUUCCUGUCCUGACAGCAGAUUAAGCCUUCAUUCAAGUAAUUUUUUGCAUUCCCAUAUCAACAGGCGUUUUUUUGGUUAACCACGAACCCACAUUUCUCAUAUUUUCAUAUCCUAUGUAAUUUCUUUUUGUUCAGCUUGAGCCAAGGAUUCAUGUACCUAAUUUAAAAAAAAGAUGUGGGAGUGUCAGGUAAACGCCACUUUUGCUAGUUUGCCACCCUGACGCCGUUCAAAAGCUACAAACUUUAAAAUUAACAUCUUAGUACCUUCUUAAUGAUGCUCCAGGAGGCAAUAGAUUGAAAUUCUUAGGAAGAGUUUAAAGUUUGAGAAAGUACUAAAGGUGAUUUUUUUUUGUGGUAAGAUGCAAGAUGGUAGUCUCUUCCAGAGGUCAAAGGUCAAUGAAACUUUGGAGGUGGUUGUAGACUUAACAUGUCAGCAUAUAUGGGAAAUUUUGUGAAGACUGCAUGAACAAAUGUUUUUUCCCAUAUUGUGCAAAAAUGUGAAAAUCUGCAAAUUUCACACUUUGCCACAAAAUGAUCAAAUCUGUAUUUGGUAAAAAAAAAAUAAAAAAUACAAACAUU